GUAAGAGAGCUGAAGAAUCUGCAGCAGCAAUACAUACUAGUCGGGGUAGAAUCAGCUGAAAAUUCUCGUUUAAAAGCACGACUGCAGGAAUAUCAGCAAGAUGCAGAUAAACAGCAGCGUCUCCAAGAACAGCUGAAGCAAGAAUGUGUUUUCUACCAGCAGGAGCUCCAGCAGUUUAGACAAGAGAAAGCUACCUGGGAAAAGCAGAACAGCAGCAUAAAGGAGCAGUACCUGAUGGUUAUAGCAGAAAAAGACAAGCAACUAAGCCAUUUACAAAGGAUCAUGCAAGAAAUGAGAUUGCCCCUCAGCAAGUCUCAAAUCGUAGAGGAGCAGUACCAAACGAAGAUUUCUUCAGAAGUUUUGAGAGGGGACUUUUCAAGCCUAGAAACAGAGACAAAACAUCUCCAGGCCCAGCUAAGUGACAGCCUGAAAGAACUGCACCAAAAAGAGCUCAGAAUUCAGCAGUUAAACAGCAAGCUAUCUCAGGUCUUUGAGGAGAAGAAUGCCCUCUCCCUCCAGCUGCGCGGUAGCAGUCGGAACAUCUGUGAGAGCCAUCAGCACUACAAUGAGGUUCUGAACAGCUGCUUGGUGCUUGAGAGGCAGCUCCAGGAGCUGCAGUCUGCAGACAAGGGCAUGGAGUUGUUUGCAACAGACGCUGCUCCAGGAGCACCCCAAGAAAAGAAUGAGCCUCAGAGAGGCAGUUACACACCAGAACUGCAGGAGUUGCAGCUGAGGUUGUCCGAAACAGAACAUUUACAUAGCAGCACAAAGCAGGAUCUGAGGUAUUUAGAGGAGCAGCUGGAGGAAGAACGGGACCGUCGUCUUGCUGUAGAGGAGGCGCUCUCUGCAGCACAGGAUCAGAUCAGGAGGUUGCAGUCAAGUGAGUGGACAUCUUCUUUAAGUGCUAGCAUUGAUAUGACUCCAGAUCAUGAGCAUUCCUUGCUGAUUGACUCCAUGGAUAAUAAUUUCAGCAAAACUCGGAAUAUCCUUGGACUACGACGCCUGUUACGCUCUCUCUUCCGUUCCCGGACGCACUUGCCUCUGCUAGUGGCCAUGUAUCUGCUUGCUCUCCAUGUCCUGCUCUUCCUGUGCUUUACAGGCCACCUAUGA